UACAAGUAGUGUGCAUAACAUUCAAAUUUUCUCGUGAGGCUUCAUUGAAUUUAUUCUUGCAUUGAUACCUCUCCUCUCCAUUUAAGCCGGGGUUACCAUUGACAUUGUACUGAAUACUGAGGUCGGAAUGUUAUCUCUUUUCACAAUUUUUUGAUUAGAAGUAAAUAGAAAAGGAACACUCUACUCGAUAUUGAGGAUUAAAACGGAGUGAGACACUAGAGGUUAGACACAGGGUCAGAGACCGGCUUCAGCUUCAGCUUCCCUCAUUCAAUUCAUGAAUUACUAAACCGGAUUGAGUUUUAUUUCAGCUGAACUUCACUGUCCUCAUUGAUUCAGCUCAGAAUCGUCGUUGACUUCCACAAGUGCGAGUGAAAGCAUCAAGAGUCAUUACACGCACGAUUUUAGGCUUUAAAAUACAUCCAAGUCUCAUUUAGUCUAGACAGGUUCAUCCUGCUCAUUUCACUCACACGCACGCACAGAGCUUUACAAAAACAUGUUCGGAACGGAAGAAGACAAACCCGGAUCGAGUUCAGCCGCCGACAUGGCAGAUUUAGAAGAAGACAGCGGGCCAGAAGAAGACGUUGAUGCCGAAGCCUUGGAAUUGAUGGGUCAGGGCAAGAGGAAUCUAGUGGUCGGUGACCCUCCAGCUGCAGUCCAGUGUUUUCAAGAAGCCUGUGAAUUGCUAGCCUCCAAAUAUGGUGAGACUGCUGAGGAGUGUGGUGAUGCUUACUACCAGUACGGAUGCUCGCUUCUUGAGCUGGCUAGCAUGGAGAAUGGUGUCCUUGGCAACGCCCUGCAGGGGGUCCCGGACGAAUCCGCAGACUCCGCUGACUCGGACGACGAAGAGGGAGAACAGAAACCCAGUGGAAGCAAUGUGGAAAGUGCAGACAAGUUAGAAGCCAAAGAGAGAGAAGAGGUGGCCCAGCAAGUUAAGGAUGCCCUUGAGGCUAACUGUGAAAGUGAAGAAUCCGAAAAGGAAGAUAAGGGAAAAGAUGGGGAAGGGGGAGAAGAUGAGGAAGAAGAUGAGAAAGAAGAUGAGAAGAUGGAGGAGGGUGGGGAUAAUAAAGAUGCAGAAGCUGCAAAGAAGGGAGAAGAUGAAAAGAAGGAUGUGAAGAAAGAAGAGAUAAAGGAAGAGGAGAAGAAAGAUGAAGAGAAGGUGGUUGAAGAAAAGGAUGCAAAGAAGGAAAAAGAAAAAUCUAAUGAAAAGGAGGCCGACAAGAAAGACACUGAGAAAGUAGAUAAAGAUGAUACUGUGAAGACUGAUAAGAAAGAAGAGGAAGGCAAAACUGAAAAGAAAGACGAUGAUGAUGAUGAUGAUGAUGAAGCUGGGCCGUCUGCAGAAGGUGACCAGAAAGAAGAUGGGGAUGACAUCUCAAAUUUCCAGCUGGCCUGGGAGAUGUUGGAGCUUUCCAGAGUAAUCAUCAGCAAGAAAGAGGAUGAGGAGAGUCAGAUGAAAGUAUCUCAGAUCCAUCUCAAGCUAGGAGAGCUAGGACUAGAAACAGAACAGUACACACAGAGCAUUGUAGACUUCAAGGCCUGCCUUGAGAUCCAGAAGAAGUACCUGGACCCAGAGAGCAGACUCAUCGCAGGAACACAUUACAACCUGGGCCUUGCUUGCACCUUUGACCAGAAGUUUGAUGAAUCUAUUGAGCAUUACAGAGAAUCCAAACAGCUCAUUGAAAAGAGACUAGCUAGCCUGGAAAAGAAAGUUUCAGAAACAGAAGGAAAAGGAAAAGAAAAAGCCGAUGAGAAAGACCCCAUAGUCUGUGCCCAGAAGGAGAUUGAUGACCUCACAGAUCUACUUCCAGACAUUGUUAGCAAACUGGAGGAUGCCAAGGAGAUGAAGCUUCAGGCCGUACCAUCAGACGGAGCAGGACCUAGCUCAUCAUUGUCAUCCUCUGCCUUCGCCCCAUCAUCAUCGUCUGGUUUUGAUUCACCGUCUUCUGCCUUUGCCCCAUCAUCAUCAACAGAACCAAUCCAGCAGAUCGCAGUCAAGAAAGCCGACGGUGCACAAGUCUUGGACAUCUCACAUCUGGUCAGGAAAAAGAGAAAACCAGAAGAGUCCGAUGCCGCCGCAGCCGAUUCCAAGAGAAGUCGCCAGGAGGAAAAUGGUGAGAAGCCUGCCGUCAAUGGCUCUGGAGACUCCAAGGUUGUCAAUGGCAAUGGUCACAUGGCCAAUGGCGUGAUGAAUGGGGAUACGAACGGAGACAGCAAGCACUCGCCAGAGAAACCAUCAGAAAUCAAAACCAAGAAGUUAGUAUCAGAUGGAGCGGCCCCUGCUGCUAUGGAAACAGCUUGAGGAUGCGGGAAGACCAAGAGAUUCCCUGUCAUGAGUUGAACAUCAAACAUUCCUCAAUUUUUUUUUGUUUCAGAGAAAAACUUGAACAACGAUCAUGAAUAUAUGACUUAAUUUCUUACUGCAUGGGCAGUGGAUUUUGUUUUUAUGUAGUGUAAAAUCUUCAAUAUUUGAUGCUAAGUUUAAUGUUUCAAAUACAGAAUCAAUGUGAUUAUUGGUUUGAUAUCAGUUACAGAAAAAAAUGUGCAGGUUAUCAGUUCUCUGAUAAAUCUUGAAUUUUGUAAGGAUAGGAAGGAGAAUCCUUUAAUAUUUUGAAAGAAGUAAAAUGCAUUGAAGAGCGGUAGUAGUUUCCACACACACAAAAGAGUGUUUACAAUGAAAUUGUUUCUGUUGCACAGUUCUAAUGCUGGAAGUGGCAAAGAACUAAAUUAGCUGAGUGGAGAAACCAUUUAUUUUUUGCUUUUAGAACAUACAUACUUCUCUUUUCUUGACAUAUCUUCAAUUUGCAAAGCCACAUUUUGUAGUUGCAGAUAGUAGGUUAAGAGAAGAAGAAAAAAAAUCCUGUAAAUUAUUUUGUACAUUUUGUAUAGUUUUAUGUUCUUGUAUACGUCUUUGUUCAUUGCGUUUCCAUAUCUAUAAAUAUGCCAAGUCACUGAAAGCAGCAUUUUCACCUUUACAUUAAAAAAAAAUGAUAAUGCAUAAAAUUGAGGCACAUUUCAAAUGUCAAGUUUAAAUGUUUUGAAAUAGGUACACUAGAUCUUGUAUACAAAAGAAAAUUUUGAACUAAUUUAGUCUGAUUGGUUGACAGAUUUUAGGCAUUUGAAGAUUAAUGCCAUAAAAUGCUUUACAAAAACAAAGAAUGAAAAAAAUUAUCAAUAAUAUUUUCCUAAAUGAUGUUUGUGGCAUCUAUUCAUUUUUCAAGUGGAAAAAUUAUGUAUUCAGGAGAAAUGUUUCAUGAUGAUUUUGUCGCAGUGACAUGUGAUUUUUGUUGCGCAAGCCAAGGAGGCUAGAAGAUAUGUCUUGAUGCGGUCUUUGUGAAUGUCAUUUUCUAUGUUGGAAAUAAAAUGAUAAUGUACAGCAAA